AAAAAUUGAUUUAUGGAAUCAAAAAUAUUUUUUCCUAUAUCUAGUUAUUUUGAUCAAAAACAUAAGGCUGCAGUAUAUGAUAUUCCGGGCUCUGUAGUUGAAUUUUGUCCUUUUGAACAAUCAUCAUCUUUACUUGCAGUUGGAAGUAAACAAGGAAUAAUACUUUUAAGAAGAAUAUUUUCUGAGAUUGAUGAACUGGGCGAUGCUUCUAAAUUUCAACAAUUUAAAGAAAGUUGGUGUCUUCAGCAGCUUCUAUAUCUUCAGUUAGGAACUAAGGUUACGUCAAUUGCUUUUUCUCCCACUACAUAUAUAGACCUUAUAGAUUCUGAAAAAAUUUAUGUAACUUUGGCUAUUGGAUGUGAAGAAAAUAGCGCGCGAUUUCUUAAAUUAUCAUCUAAAGCUAAAGAUCCAAAAAUAGUAAUGCUCGGUGGAACAUCGGGUCAUCAAGAUUUUAUUAACGACGUUGAUACUACAUAUCUUAAUAUUAUUGCUAAAGCUGAUGAAACUGAAUUUACGGGUGAUAUUGUUGCAACUGGAGGUGAUGAUUGUACAGUAAUAGUAUGGAGAAUGACUGAUAACUCACCUCAAUUAUCUGCUUAUAGCACUGGGUCUCCUGUAAUUAGUGUAAAAUUUCAUAGAUCUUAUCCUCGAAGAUUAUUAGUUGGUGAAUAUAAUGGGACUAUAAAAAUUUUAGAUUGGGUAGAAGCAGGUGGAAAAUGGCUGAUAAGUUUAUAUGCGGGACUGACACCUUAUAAUUUUAUCAAGUCUAAUUCAACUGUUUGUCUUGCUGAUGUAGACUGGGCAAGUAAUAAAGAUGAUAUCGGUAGAAUUAUUGCUGCAACUACUGAUGGAUUAUGGCUUCUUUGGGAUUUUGAUGGGAAAAGUGACAAUAUAAGUAUUCUUCCGACUAUUAAAAAACGAAUUGGUAGUGAAAUAAAUGUUAAACAGCUAAUAUCUCGUCCAGGGUAUCCUGAUAUUUUUGCAAUUUGUUUACAAAGAUCUUUAAUGAUAUCAUUAACAUCUCAUAUAAAACUAGUUAAUAUUUUUUCUAGUACGGAUUUAAUUGAUAUUGAGCUUCCUUUAUCUGAGAUAUCGAAACCUGAAGACUCAUAUAUUAGCUGGCAUGCAAAUGAAGGUAUUAUUGCUAUUUCUCGUAAUAGUAGUUUGAUUAUAUCUUGUGUUAUGAAUAAUGAUGAUUUUUUUGCAAAUAUGUCAGAUUUUAUGGGCUAAAUUAUUUUGAUUUGUUUUUUAUGUUUUGAAAUUAUAAAGUAAUAAAAAUUCGCGAAUUUUUUGGAAAUUUAAGGUAUAAAUUAUAGGAAAUAAAAUAAUGUAUUUGUAGUAUGCAUAUAAAAUUUGGCUAUAUAAUUGAAAUAUGUUUUAUAUUUAUAUGCGCAUAGCUGGGCGUUCUAUGUUUUUUCUAGGAUGCCAUACUUUAGAACCUAACCCUUCGUUUUCCAAACUAAGAUAUGGUGCUUUAUUCCAGUCUAUUUUGGCAUCUUUAUUUUUUUUGCAAUUAAUCAUAAGUGAAAUAGGUAGUUCGAGAUUUCCUCGAACCAGAAUAAUUUUUUUAUUGGAAUUCAAAUAUUUAUUUAAAGUUAAUGUAUCAAUGGGUGUCAGAAUUUGGAGUUCUUUAGACUUCCUUGAUAUUCCUCUUAAAAUACAAAGGCCUAUGCAUUGACUGAUUUUAGGAUCAAUAGGAUUUUUCUCCAUAUUUAAUAUUGGUAGACAGUCUUUAGAUUUUGUAAUAAUGGAUUUCCAUGUGUUUUCAUUAUUUUUUGUGAUAUCAUCUGCAACUACAAAAGCCAUAAUAGUCCCAUUUAUGGCAUAGUAAAAUUCUUCUAUAUCUAAUGUAGUAUUUAAGACGGAUAUUGCGUCAAUACCAUUCAGAUCUCCAUCAUACUUUACGAUCCAAGGUUUCAUAUCUAGAAGAUAUGAAUCAAAUUCCCAGUUUGUAUGGCAAUUAUCUUCAGAAAUAUUUAUUGAGUGAAAAUAUGAUAUUAUGGAUAAUUCUCGUAGAUCUGCUGUAUUAGUUUUUACCGUUCCACAUGUAUUAAUAAAUUCGCGAGCAGAUGGAAGAGUAAGAAGUUCAACGGAUGAUGGAAGUAUUAAUUCGGUAUCGAAAAUUUCGACGUUAGUUUUAGGGCCAAUAUAUACAAGAUAUGUGCAGUUUGAUAGAUUUAUGAUUUCAUUUAAGAGUUCCAACCCCAUACCUUUAGUCCAGCCAGGUGUAUUAAUAAUAGUAGGAAUAUUUCUUUUAUUUGUAUUAAAUAUAUCAUUAAUGCAUAAUAAAAAAUGUUUUGGGUUAUUUUGUGGUGAUAUAUUUCCGAGAAAAUGUGCUUUUGUAAGUGAUGGAAGAGUACAAUGAGUAAAUGAUGGAUUGAUAACAGGUUUUUUGAUAUAAUGAGAACUAAUUAUUCCAUGAGGCGAAAAUUCCGGUUGCCCUAGAUCUGUUUCAAUAUAAUUGAUUCCU